AUGACGAAAUGGGCGAGGAACUACCUUGAAAACUCAGCAAAUGACACAGAACUCUUCUACAAAGAGUUCAUUAGCAAACUCAGAGAGGCAGCAAAUAUGUCCAUGCCAAAGAUCAAACAAUCCAGGACUGAUCACAAAGAUGCAUGGUACUACUGUGAAAGAGUUAAAGAACUCAAUGCAACUCAAUGCCAGAGGAAAGGAAGAACAGAGCAAAGCAUCCAUCCCAACACACAAGAAGAAGCUGACAACAUAGCCAGAAACUUCACAGAGAGGACAAAAUCCCACAACCUUCCCCAAACAACAUGGGAAAAAAUAAAUGAGAUUUCCCCAGCAAGGUGGAGAAAAAUCAAUACUGCCUGCAACAUGCCGGACGACACAGAUACACCCUUCACUAUGGAAGAACUAAACAGUGCACUCAGCAAGGGGAAGAGAGAGACAGCCCCUGGAGCAGAUGCAAUCACCUACAGCAUGCUGAGGCACAUGGGCAACCCUGCCAAACAGAUAUAUCUCCUCCUGGUAAACAGGACAUAUGCAGAGCACACCAGGCCAAAGAAAUGGCAACAGCAAGACACACAACCAAUACCAAAGCCAAAGGAGCCAGGCGCAUAUAGGCCGAUGUCCCUCAUCAGCUGCACACAAGAAGUUGCAGAAAGAAUAGUCCUAAACAGACUACUAUGGAAAGUAGGGCCCCUAUACCAAAGGCUCUAUGCCUAUAGGGAAGUAGUAGGCACCCACGAGUGCCUCACAGAUGUGCUAUGUGCAAUAAAUGGCAGAAAAUCCAUAGUGGUUUUCUUAGAUCUAGUAAAAGUAUAUGAACUGGCCAAUGCAGCAACCAUCCUCUCCUCCCUAGUCCGAAAGAGGAUCAAAGGCAACCUGCUUACAUGGACAAAAGGAUACAUGCAAGACAGAGGAUACAUCAAGACAGAGAAGCAAGAGUAG